UAUGAUUUCUAUACUUUUUGUUUGAUGUUAGAAGAGCUAUUUUUCUUGCUCUCCCUUUUCCCCCAUUUGCUUGAAAUAAAUUUGGUUAUUUUGAUUAUACAUGUUAAGGCAUACUUGGUCCGGUCUCCUUGCAGCAAUGCCGAUGUCUGGAGAAGAAUCUGAUUAUGAAGAGGUUUCUAUGCAGCAGGGCUUGUUAUUCUCUGAGAGUCUCAAGGAUUUGAAAAUACUCAGAACACAACUCUACUCAGCAGCCGAGUAUUUCGAGCUGUCCUACACUAAUGAUGACCAAAAGCAGAUAGUGGUAGAAACAUUAAAGGAUUAUGCUGUAAAAGCCAUUGUGAACACCAUUGAUCAUCUAGGUUCUAUGACAUACAAGGUUAACGAUUUUUUGGAAGAAAAGGUUGAUGAGGUUUCUGGAACAGAGCUUCGGGUAUCUUGUGUCGAAGAGAGAGUACGAAAAUGCCAAGAAUAUAUUGAACAUGAAGGAAUUUCCCAACAGUCGUCGAUUAUUAAAACACCGAAGUACCAUAAAUGUUACAUGUUGCCAGUUGGGGAGACCUUGCAUGGUGCAAAUCAAACCAAGUCAAAAUAUCAAGGAUGCAGUCUAGACAGUGAGGAUAACGGCCAUCGGUUUAGGAGUGCUGUUCGAGCUACAAUUAGGGAAGCACGACCGCCGCAAUCUGUCAGGGAAACCCCGACAUCUUCAAUCAGAAGAGGACAUUCUCCAUCACCUUCUCCUCGGCCUCAACAGCGAUCGACAACGUUUUCCUUUACUGCUACCACGCCAAAGAAAGAAAUAGAGAAGCGAACGGUAUCACCUCAUCGAUUUCCUCGUUUGAGUUGUGGAUCUGAUAGCAAGCCUAUAACCCCGAAUAAGAGUCGGUCAAGUACUCCGAAUUCGGCUGGUGCGAGGCAACGGUAUCCAUCAGAGCCUCGAAAAUCUGCUGUUGAUUCUGAGAAAGACAACACCAAAGACAUUGAACAAAUUCCCACCAAAAGUAAGAGACUCAAAGCAUUUUUUGGUCGUCGCAAAUCAAAGAAAGAUGAUAUGCUGUAUACUUAUUUGGAUGAAUAUUGAGG